GAAAAGAUGUCUGAAGAAAAUGGCACCAUAGUAAUCAAUGAAUUUGUAUUUGUAGGUUUAACAGACAAUCCUGCACUGCAGACCAUCCUCUUUGUACUAUUCCUUGCUGUUUAUAUUACCACCUUGGUGGGUAACAUAGGAAUUAUUGCUUUAGUGAGAGCCAGUCCCCGGCUCCAUACCCCAAUGUAUUUCUUUCUGAGUGGUCUUUCUUUCCUAGAUGUGGGCUGUUCCUCUGCCAUUACUCCCAAGACAAUGGUGAACCUUCUAGAAGAUAAUAAAUCCAUUUCAUACAUUGGAUGUGCAAUGCAAAUAUACUUUUUUACAGGUCUGGGGAGUGCAGAGUGCUUUCUCCUGGCUGCCAUGGCAUAUGAUCGCUAUGUGGCCAUCUGUAAACCACUGCUGUACCCAAUUCUCAUGUCUCCUAGACUCUGUAUUCUUUUGAUAGGAGGGUCAUAUGUUCUCGGGCUUUUUCACUCUCUUGUUCAUACCAUCUUUGCUUUCAGACUGUCAUUCUCUGGAUCAAACAGACUUAAUGAUUUUUUCUGUGAUUUCCCAGCACUUUUUUCAAUUUCUUCUUCUGAUACCUACACCAAUGAACUCCUGGUCUUUUAUGUGGCUGGGCUUGUAGAAAUAAUCACCAUUUUCAUGGUCCUCAUUUCUUAUUCAUGUAUUUUUGCCACUAUUGUGAGGAUCAGAUCAGCUGCAGGUAGGCUCAAAGCCUUUUCCACGUGUACCUCCCACCUGACUACUGUUACAAUUUUCCAUGGGGCUAUUCUUAUUCUGCAUUUCCGUCCCAAGUCUAGCAAUGGAUCUUCUGUUCAAGAUGUGGGUGACAAAAUUCUGUCUGUGUUCUAUACCAUUGUUACCCCCUUGCUAAAUGCCUUGAUUUACAGUCUAAGAAACAAGGAGGUGAAAGAUGCCCUAGGAGUUCUUCGAAGGAAGAUGUAUAACAAAAUGACGAGGCGGUGGUAA